AUGGACUUUUCACUUUUUCCUUUCUCUCUUACGUUAUCAAAUGGUUCUCUCGUUUCUCCGUCUAUUUCAGUUCAUCCAUUACGUGGAAGUGCCGUUGACAUUCAUCCAAAUGCUUGCUGGAAACAAAAUGGUAUUACAGUAGCUGGAAGAAAGGAAAAUGGCUAUGGAACCGAUCAACUCAAUAAUCCAUGGGGUUUGUUUGUGGAUGAUGAACAAACAAUCUAUGUUGCUGAUCCCAACAAUCAUCGUAUUAUGGAAUGGAAAAGAGAUGUAACGAAUGGCCAAGUAGUUGCUGGUGGAAAUGGACAAGGAAGAACAGUAGUUGCAGGUGGCAAUGGAAGUGGAAAUCGUCUCGAUCAACUCGAUGAGCCAACAUACGUAUUCGUCGAUCGAGAUCAUUCAGUGUACGUAUCUGAUUGGAACAAUCAUCGUGUGAUGAAAUGGUCGAAAGAUGCAACACAAGGCAUUGUUAUGGCUGGCGGCCAAGGACGAGGAAAUGGUCAUACACAAUUGUCAUAUCCUCGAGGAUUCGUUGUCGAUCAAUUAGGCAUUGUCUAUGUGGCUGAUGCAGGAAAUGAUCGAAUCAUGCGUUGGCCCAAAGGAGUCACACAAGGAAGUGUCAUUAUUGGUGGAAAUGGCCAAGGGAAAGAAUCGAAUCAACUCAAUUGGCCCUUUGGUUUAUCAUUCGAUCGACACGGCAAUCUCUAUGUCGUCGAUCGCUAUAAUCAUCGAGUGCAAAAAUUUAACAUUGCGUCAAAUGCUUAA